CCUCGCCCUUGGGGGCCUUCUGAUGCUAUUGGUUCAGCCUCGCAGAAAAAGACGCACCCUCUGAGUGCGUGGCAUCUGUCUCUACGCAGAUCAAGCAGACUUCCUAUCGAAUACGUGUUUUCCCGAGGCGGGCGCGCAAGGUUCCUCUGCAAGAUGGCCGACGGCAUUGCCUUCACCAUCGAGCUCGAAUACGAUCCUGUUAAGAACGCACAACUCGGGAAUUCCGCCUCGAAAGUAGCCGCCGGCUCCGAAGAUUCUUUACCACAAGACAACCUCGGACACACCACGGCCACGAACAUACAGGCAGGUUCCAACGACAGCGGUCGAUCGUACCUAUCUGUGGAGGCAUCGACCAUCCAAGUGCUCAAGCCGGGCCAGACCAUGUUCGUCUGGCACGCAUACUUCCAUCCCGGGCUGCGAAGACGAUUCCAAAGUGUCGUCCUUACUUGCAGGUUCUCCGAACCCAAGCCGGCACAGCCUCCCUCCCAGUAUGCGAAUCAGAGCAGCGGCCCGGUGAAUCCGCUCGAAAUCCGGGCCUAUGCUCCUCACAAGUCAUUCGGUGGCUGUAACAAAAUCUCUAGAAAGGUCGGCUGGGGUAUCAAGUUUCCUCUACAGUUCACGGGCAGCGGUCUCGUGGAGGUCGGAGCAACCCCUUCGGUUCAGGACGAGACGAUAAAAGAGGUAGAACACGCCUUCACCGUCGUGGGUACUCCGCGGGGCGCCCCGCGAAGAACUACUUGCGUCUGGACAAUCGAGGAGAACUCGUCGACCGAACGUGGCAUACCCUCCGAGAUGCAGUUUGCCACGGUUAUCCGCCAUUCAGGCCCCAUCCAGUGCGACAUUCAAGCGUCUGCUCGGACUGCCGGCGGCCCUUAUCCGCUGCACUACCUCCGCACGAGGACGGCGACCGAAGACCGCAGAAGGAUAAUCGACCCUUCCAAGUUUGCCGGGAAGCUAUUCGAGUAUGACUUCCAAAGCGACGCGGAUGUCGACAACUUGCUCAAGACCUGGGCGGGAGAAGUAGCCGGCGCUGUCUUGGAGUUCCAGCAGCCCAUCGUCAAACCGUGAUGUCUAAACAUUGGAAAAGAAAACUCAAGACCUCGAUUGUACCACUAAGUUAAUGUGCAGCUCGUGCGCAUGUACUGGACAGAAGCUAGUUGGCUAGCUUGUAAGACUUUUCCUAAAUUAAAGCUAAUUAAUAUUUAAAAUAACUAUCUAUUUAGAUUUCAUUUCUUCCUUG